GAGCCCUGUGUGCCCAGCCCUGCAAUAAUGAUGAUAAUCAUGCUGGUGGCGGUUGCUAAGCGCGUGCCUUGUGCCAAGCACUGUUCUGAGCGCUGGGGAAGGUCCAGGGUCAUCAGUCCUUCGGUGGUACGCGCUUAACACUGUUCUGAGCGCCGGGGACCGGGCUGCCCUCCCCUGGUCCACCCCUCCCUCCCCCAUGCCUCUACACAAAUACCCCAUCUACCUGUGGAAGUCCCUGAAGCUGAAGGAGGGCAUCUACUCCCGCCUGCCAGCCCACUACCUACGCGAGCUGCAGGACACCCGGGAGCCCACCCCGGUGCACUACCAGCCCCACGGGACCAAGUACCGGCGCAACCCCAAGAACGGGCAGCGGGAGCGGGUCCAGGAUGUGCCCAUCCCCCUCUACUUCCCACCCGAGUCCCAGCUCGGGCUCUGGGGCGGCGAGGGCUGGAUCAAAGGCUACAGAUAUGCCAACAACGACAAGCUCUCCAAAUGCGUGAAGAAGGUCUGGAAGCCCCAGCUGCUCUUCCGAGAGUUGUACAGUGAGAUCCUCGACAAGAAGUUCGGCGUCACAGUCACCAUGCGCACGCUGGACCUCAUCGAUGCCGCCUACGGCUUCGACUUCUACAUCCUCAAGACCCCCAAGGUGGACCUGUGCUCCAAGUUCGGCAUGGACCUGAAGCGAGGAAUGCUGCUCAGGCUGGCCCGGCGGGACCCCCAGCUCCACCCCGAUGACCCCGAGAAGAGGGAGGCCAUUUACCACAAAUACAGGGAGUUUGUGAUCCCCGAGGAAGAGGCGGAGUGGGUAGGACUGACCUUGGAAGAAGCGUUGGAGAAGCAGCGCCUUUUGGAGGCAAAAGACCCGACCCCCCUUUUCAAAGUCUACGUGGAUGAGCUGAUUCAGCAGCUGCAGGCCCAAGCCCUCUCCGAGCCAGCCGUGAUGACAAAGACAGCGUAGUGGGGGUGCCACCCUGGCCCAAAAUCUUCCAGGAAGAGAUUGCUCAGAGUAGCUGGCCUCAUUUGCUUCCCACGGACCGCCCAGGCAUUUCUGUCCUGCCAAGGCCCUGCCGGCACCAGACACCAAGGCUUUCUGCCGGGAUUCCAGCCCGGCCCCGUUCAGAGCUACGAUAAAUGUCCCGCGUGCUGCUGGCCUCCUGCUCCGCUCGGUACCCAGCCCGCGGGCCACCCAGGCUGCUCGAUCCGGCGGAGCCCUGCUGGCAUCAGACACUGAACCUUCCUGCCGGGAUUCCAGCCCAACCUUAUUCAGAGCCACAAUAAAUGUUCUGUGUGCUGCUCACUC